CGCGAAGAAAAACCGGAAAAAAAAAAAAACAGAUUUCGCUCUGCAACUGCAAGUUCGCUUCGCGUGCGAAAGUGAUGAAGGAGCUGAGAGAGUAGCCAUGGCGGCCAUGGCUUCUGUUUCUCUUCCCAUCUACGGGCUUCCUGGCUCCCGCCUCUGGCCUCGUCACGUCGAAUGCAGCUCCGGAGGCCCGCCUCCGCCGCCCUUCGCCGGAGCGCGCCACGUCCGACGCCCGUCCGACGCCGCCGCCUCCGCCGGGCGGCGUGCCCCGGGCCCCCGUUUCGUCACCUGCUCCGCCUCCAACAAGCCCUCCCCCUCCCCGACCUCAUCCUCGUCCACCGAAGCCAGUUCAUUAGCCAAGAUUAGGAGUGAGGUCCUGUCUCCUUUCCGGUCUGUGCGGAUGUUCUUCUACCUUGCUUUCGUUGCCAGUGGUGCUCUUGGAGGUUUGAUUGCCACUACACAACUAAUUGCUGCUCUGACAAACUCCGCUAAAGCUGAUGCAGUACCUGAAAUUUUCAAAGGUCUUCUCAUAGACAUUGGGGCUGUUUCUAUAUUUGCAUUUCUCUAUUAUCGGGAGAACAAUGCUAAGAAUGCCCAAGUGGCUAGACUCACUAGAGAGGAAAACCUUUCAAAUCUGAAGCUCCGUGUAGAUGAAAGGAGAAUCAUUUCUCUAAGCUCUUUGAGAGGACUUGCUCGUCUCGUGAUCUGUGCUGGCCCAGUGUCCUUUAUUACAGAGUCCUUUAAACUUAGUGAACCUUAUACUGAGAGUCUUUUGGAUCGAGGGGUGCUUGUAGUGCCUUUUGCCACAGAUGGGAAUUCACCUACUUUUGAGUUUGACGAGAGUGAGGAGAUGAAAGAGAUUACCAACAAAAGGAAGAGGCUUUGGCAGUUAGCUCCUGUUUAUGUCUCUGAGUGGACCAAGUGGUUAGAUCAACAGAAGAAACUUGCUGGUGUUUCUCCUGAUUCUCCAGUGUAUUUAUCUCUACGCAUGGACGGUCGUGUUCGUGGUAGUGGUGUUGGUUACCCUCCUUGGAAUGCCUUUGUUGUCCAGCUCCCUCCUGUCAAGGGAAUGUGGUCUGGACUACUUGAUGGCAUGGAUGGAAGGGUUCUUUAGCGUGCAUAGCGAUGACAGAUUUUUUUGUAGUUGAAGGAUAUUUUCCUUUUUGAAGCUUUAAUUCCUUCCCACUCCAACUCUUCAUGCUGCAUACAUCCAACGAAGGGAUGAAGGUAGAUGAUAAGUGACACUAAUCUCUGUGUUUAAACCUCAGCCAGUGUAUCACGCAUUUGUGCAGCUAUAAGUUUCCCUGUUCCGUUCACACUGCAAAAUUGAGGCUGCUUCAAGAACGUAUAUGAAACAGAUGAUAGAUAAAUGAAGAUCAUUCUUUUGCAUGC